AUGAUGGAUAAAACAUUCAUGGAAACAAAAGGCUACACAUUUAAGGGCACACUUGGAGAAGGAACCUUUGGCAAAGUUGUUAAAGCAGAGUCAAUUCAUCUGAAAAAAAUAGUUGCUAUAAAGAUCAUUGGCACGACCAAAAGUGGUUCUGUCAACAGGGAAAGGUUUUUGACUCAGGAAAAGGAAAUUAUUAGAUCUUUAAAGCAUCCCAACGUCGUCAGAACUUAUGACGUCUUUGAAUCCCGCUUGGAAACGGUCUACGUGGUGAUGGAGCUUUGUCCACAAGGAGACGUGUCCAAGCUCAUUGCUGCCAGAGGGGCUCUAAGUGAAGGUUUCAGCUGCAGACUUUUCAAGCAGCUGUGUCUGGCAGUUCAGUAUCUUCAUGGCAUCAAUGUGGCCCACAGAGACAUUAAAUGUGAAAAUCUUCUACUGGACAUGCACCAUAACCUCAAACUGUGUGACUUUGGCUUCAGUGAGAGGCUCACUUACAUUGAUGGCAAGGUGGUGCUGAGUGAUACUCACUGUGGCACUUUACACUACGCCGCACCAGAGAUCCUGAAAAAUCUCCCAUACAACCCGAAGGUGUCGGAUGUGUGGAGUAUGGGCAUUGUGUUGUAUAUGAUGCUCAUGGGGUCGCUUCCCUUCGCCACCACUAACAUAUCAAAACUAGUGCACCUUCAAGUGAGGCAUAGCAUUAGCUUUCCUUCCGCUUCAUCUGUUUCCACUGAAGCAAGAGAGCUGAUCCACAGAAUUCUUCACCCUGUGGUCGAGCGCCGGAUCACGGUCAGCCGCAUGUUGGAGAGCCCAUGGCUGUUACAGGGGACAGUGGAAGACAGCAACGAUGACUGGGCAACAUCAGCAAGCCUUGGGCAGAGAGCACUUCCAAAGAAAAUGCUCAAAGAGGAUGAGGAAACGUCAAAGAGCCGUUCACAUGCACAGCAAGGGGCAUCCACUGCUGUCCCAUGACAAAUGCCAAGGACUGGCAA